GAUUUGCCGACCGCGAGGUAAACGCAAAAUUUCUAUGUUUUCUAUCCUUACUUAAGAAGUUUUCACAAGCCUUAAUUAAGAAGCUUUUACGUCAAGAAAAGCUUCUUACGUUAAAGAUGUCUUUGUGCAUUUAAUUUCAAUCAGUAAAAGAAAAUCUGUUGUUUUUCGAUUAGUUGGAAAGUAAUUGCCAAUUGUCAAUCAUAAUGUCAAUCAAUUGCAAUCGAAUCGACAAUCGCUAGCGUGAUUGGCCUUAAUGUAUUCUACAUGGAAAUAUGGAAGUAUGGAGCGCAGCUAACUUCAGACAAGUAGGCAUUUAUGUCCGUGAUGUUUGUGUACAGGUCAGGUGUUUACAUCCAUCAGGCUCCGUGUGACAUAAGUUUUGUUCAGUCUUAUUGGAAUUCGUAACGCUGUAUGAAGUAAACGAGCGCGUGAAAAACAAAAAGAGAAAAUGUACAUAUAUGUGUAUGAGAAAGAAGAAAUGGAGAUCUUGCAAUCUUGACGUUGCCAGACUCGAGACCGUGUGUGGGGGAGCCCCCCCGCCUCUGUCGAGAUAGCGGCACAAUAUACAUAACCGGCGCGUAACGGAGAGCGGAGUGGAACUGGUGCACAAGGGGGUUUGUGGUCAUGCGGUCCACGCGCGCGACUCUUCAUUCUCGGCGGGAUUCACGCAUUCACACGACUCGCGUCGCCGUCGCCGUCGCCGCUAUUGAUUAACGCCCGCGCGGCGCUGACAUGCGGGCGAGCGCGAUCGGCGGAGUGUACCCGACGUGUGUACCACGUGAUCGUAGUUUACAAACGGCCGUUGUGACAAACUGUCCGCUUGUCCGGGAGCAUAGCUAGCGUGCGGUACUCCGUGCGCGCGCGCGUCCGUACGCACGCGGCACGCAUACGUGGUGGAAAUUUUCACGCGUGGCGAGGAGGGAAGACGUCACGCGCGACGCUUCUGCAGGACGCUCGUGGUGAGGCCUGGAGUCGUCGGCCGAGGAUCGUAUCACAUACAGCCGUUGUCCUGUCGCCGCAGACGGUCUUUAAAAUACAACGCUGUAAAUUGAAGGAUUCCAUCGAUAUGUGAAUCCACAAUUCCGAACUGCAGGAUUUUACAAUUAAGCAGCUCUGUUGCAGACGAUGAAACUAUUUGUGAUUAAACAUAAAGGUACUAUUGCAUUCCACUGUAAUUACUCACAUUUAUAAGGAACAUGGAUGACAAUAUAGUAAUUUUAUGGGAUGUUAUUUAUAUAGUUCAAGAAUGAAAAUAUGAAGAGUAGUGGCCAGAAGGAAGAUUCCGUUGAUAAAAAAAGAUAUGUUUUCUUCUCGGAUCCAGAUGUUAUUGCCAAACGUGCAGAAACCUCUUCUGUCGCAGCACAGAUUACCCAAGAACUCGAGGCCCAACAGAAACCUUCUAAGGAACAAUCAGCUGACUUGCGAAUAUCCGCAAUUGAUUUAAAGAGCUUAGAAAAUUUACUAUCCUAUUAUCCUGUACAGCCACAUCCUUUUACGUUUAUCAGCGCAGUGAAACAAAAACUUGCUUUGGAAGAUCUUACUGAUUUCUGCGCCAAAACACGCGACCCACGUUCUCAAGCAAAAACUAGCUUGACUUCUUCAGCAAUAAAAAUAACCCGUACACAGAAUUUAAAUACGCAGAAUCAAAUUGUACAAAAAAUGGACUUCAUCAAGCCACUAAAAGUACCAGAUCUGAAAAUUUCUCCGAAAACAUUGGAUUUCACCAGUAGCAGAGAAAACUCUAUUUCAAAGGAGCUGCCUUUGACAAAAUCUGAAAUAACCACAAAGGAAUUCACACACGAUAAAUCUGACAAGAGCCUAAGAACUGGUGAGAGAGUACAGAGAAAGUUAGAUUUCUCCUCGGAUAGUUCAUCGUUUAUUAACUGUGAAAGCAUAGAGCCAUUAAAAGCACCAAAUGUCUCCAUAGCAUCUAUUUUGAGCAAGAAGAAGGAACAUGUUAGAGACAGCUCCAGAGAAAAGGAAAAUAGAUCGAAGAGAAUGAAGAAGGAUGAUUCUUCGAUUACAAAGAAGGAUGAAUUCAUGCAGGACCAAGUAAAACGCAGUCGUAGUCCAAGACAUACUUCUAGAAAAGAUACUGGCGAUGUAAAAUUAGCAAAAAAUGAUAAAUCAUUCCAUGCUGCAAAGAAUAACGAGAAAGAUUUUUUGUUGGUAAAAUCAAAGGAUAAAAAUUUUGUAGCGCCUGUUACCAAAAAAGAUAAUGAUAAAAGGCAAAGAUUCUUUAAUGUACAGUCUGUAGAAUUAAUGAAAGAUUCUCUGGAAUCUAAGACUCGAAUAUCUAGCAACGAAUCGCCCACAUCGGUUUUAUCACCUUGGAAACUAUUGGAUAAAGUCACAUUGAGAGAUAACAAUAUGGGCACUUUAUUUAAUAUUGAAAACAAAUCUAAAGACACAACCCACUAUUUUUUAAAGCAGAAGUCUGAAAUGGAGGACUUAAAGCAUAAAUUCGAUGUAGAUAAUAGACAAUUGAAACAAGACAAAUUAAGCACUAUUUAUAAAGAACAAACGAAAAGAAUUUCCGACAAGAACAAAAUUUUGUUGAGUAACAAAAGUGAAGAUAAACACAGUGUCACGGAGCCCUCUGAAGACGUUGAAUUUAUGUCUGAAACAAAUAAUUUCAGGAGUCGUAUAAGUGCUUAUCCUAUAAAUUCUACACAGCCAUCAAAAAGUAAAGGUUUUGAUGUGGCUAUAGAAAGUAAGCAGAGCAGUUCUCAGACCAGAUCAAUCAAAACCUCAGAAAGUUUUAAAUAUACAGAACAUUCCACAGCACACUCUGCAAAUACAAGUGUUAAAAAAGACGAGGAAUCGUGUUCUCAAAGCAUUAUUACAACUAAAGAAACGACAACUAACGACGAUUCAAACGACGUAGAUAGUACUGUACUGCCAGAUGUAUUGUUUGAUCCAAGAAGAAUUUCUCUCAGAGACGGCUACUCCCAACCAGAAUUUCAUAAUUUAACGACGCCGGAAAAAAUGAAUCUUAUGCUCAGAUCGAAACGAAGGAGACAUUUGAUGCAGAGCAGCGAUUCGGAAGUAGAUGCAAGAUGUCCAAAGUACAAGCCUAUAGUAAAAUCUGAGAAAGAACAAGAGGAGGUACAAUUGAUUCACCCAACAGCUUUGCAUAUGCAAUUUCAGGCAGAAUUGCAUCUGUAUGAUUCUUAUAAUGAGUCCCUCCAACAGGUAAUGGAUGUUGAAAAGUGUUUGUACAACACUAAAUGUGAAAUGCAGGAACAAAAAAGUUCACUGAAAGUCAAUGAAAAAAAUGAAGAAAAAAUCGUGCAAACUGUAGAAGACUGCGCAGCUGCUGCAAUCGAUAAUGAUGCCGUUGAGAAAACGACAUGGAAUCCAGGUGAAUAUAUAAAAAAGGAUAUUGUUGAGCGUCGAAAAUCAAACGAUGAGGCGCAUUUCAAUAGAGAGCAUUAUAUCCAAAAGCAAAACAAUGUCGAUGAGCCAGGUUAUGGCUUUAAUUGUGAAAAGUUUAAUAAAGCGAUUAUCAAAAAAGCGGAGGUACAAACACAGACAGUGAAUGAUAUAGCGACCCAAACGUACAUCGCGGAUAUAUCCGCGGAUGAACAAAACGCGCAAAAUAGAUUGUCAGAAACUGGUGAAUCGUUUUUGAGAGAAAACGAAGUUCCCCAGCUGUCUUUAGAUUCGGCUGAACAGUUCGAGGAUUUAGACCAAAUUGAAGAGAUGUCACUGCCUAGCAGAAUACGAACCAUGUCGGAGAUUAGUUUACACGAAACUACCUCGUCAAUAAAAACGGAAACCGGGACUGAAAUUAGUAUCUCAACUCGAGGUGUAACGUGCACGUUUACUCAAUAUAUAGGUUCAGAGAUAGCACGACUCUUAAGAGACGAGAAUCAACGAAGCUAUCAAAUUGAAGAGUUGUUUAAGUUUCAAGAGAAAACAUUAAAUGAUAAAACCAAAAAAUUAGCGCAACUAGAAGAGCAAAAACGCGCAUUGAAAGAUACUGGACAAGAUAGUCGUUCCGUGAAAAAGAAACAGAGAGCGCUGCUUCUAAGACUACAAGAGGAGAAGGCUGAAAUUCAAAGAUUAAAAGACUUAUACGAAAUUACAAGCCAAGAACGAAAGCGUAUGUUGCAAAAACAGAGAGACAUAUUUAAUCAAAAGAUGUCGACAAAGAAUAUCUUAUCGAAAUUAAAGAGAACCGCAGACAGCCAAUCGCCGAGAAGAUUAUCGGGUCCUAUGAAGGGCUAUGAUAUACGCAGUAAUAGCUCUAUGAGUUCCUUGAUCGAUUCGGAUAAAUCUCAACAUGAUCGGUCUCAGAUUGACACACGGUUGCAAGCAUCUGAAAGCGACGUAUCCAAAUUUGACUUGUUGAAAUCUAACAUGUUUAUAAGUUUAGCUGAAGAAAGCAACACAUCCGCGGCGAAACUCGAUGAUCUGGUUGAGAGUAAGGAACAAGAGAAGAGUCCCACCCAGUUACAAAAGAAAAGCGAUAUAUCAAAGUACGAGUUGAGAUCGCGAAAGUACGAAGAGAAAAUGCCCAGAGCGGAUAUCUUACGACAAAAGCAAAAUCAGCUGGAUAUGGAAUCGAAGCGGAUUCAAGGUCAUCCCAUGAAGAUAAAUAUUCGGCUUUUGGAAAAUCAGGAUCAGUUCAGGCUGUCGCAAUCACCAAAACCAGAAGUGGAAGCGUCAGCACCUGAUUACGUCAGUAUAAAAUCCGAAUCUGAUACGUUAGUGGAAGUGCUGUCUAAAAGAUCAAGAACAACGCAAGGAACAGAUUCUUCUAUACAAACCGCGAUGGCUGCAAAGGAGAAAGAGUUAACUUCUAAUGCUGUAACCGCUAAUAGCGAAUCUAUAGAGGAAGAGAUAAGCGCAAUAGUUCAAGACACCGUUUCGAAAAUGUCGCAGUCACAAAUCUCCGAGAUAUCACAGACGAGUGCAAGUAAGAAUUCUAAAAAAAACGACAAGACUCUUACGAGCGACAGAGAUAUAUCUAAAAAGCUGCAACAUGCCGAGCUAAAAGCAAGUUCCAAGCGUAAAAACGCCAAGCAUCAGAAAUCGAAAUCAUCUUCUAGUAUAUCAACGGAAAAUACACUGCGGUCCAAGUCCAGUUCUCACAUAUCGGAAGAGCUUGUCAAGCAUCAGGAUAAACGAACGAAAGUGGAGAACGAAAAAAAAUUGCAUCAGUUAGAUAACAAUAAGGAAAAUUUAAUCUUGGACGAGUUAGAGGAUCUCAAUGAAAGUCAAACUUCGCUUCAAGCGCUCGUUACGCUUAACGAGCAUUUGAAAGCUAUUAAAGAUAAAAACUUGAAAUUAUCGAGCGAAAUAAUAAACGAGAGUAAGAAAAGUGGAUCCGCUCAAGUUUCGAACAGAAAAUCGAAUGAGAAUGUUGAAGGUUUUUCCAAUGAAUGGGAUACUCAAAAUACAUCCCAACUGUCUCAAAUUAAUACUUUUGCCAUUUCCCAUCACAGUUCUGGAGAAAGCGAUAAAAGUCUGUCGAAGUCCGUAGUUGUUAGGUCGCAAAACAAAGAAUUCGAACAAAUUUUGAACGCACGGGAAACUGCACUUGCAUCGCGCAAAAACUGCGUUGAGGAGUGGAUGGCGUGGCACGCAAGGCUAAGAGCAGAGGAGGAACGUGUUACUCAUAUGGAGCAGGCAGCACUUAAACUUGUUGCGGCAGCAUCUAAUGUUUUGUGUCAGCAAGGAGGGGAGGGACGUCUGUGCUCUUUUAUAGAUACCACUGUGUCGUCCGAUACGAGUGAUGUCGAGGAAAGAAUAGGAAAUCUUACUGAGAAAUUAGCGGCACGACGUCUUGAAAUGGCGCGUUUAAAAAGAGAAGCAAAAAAGCAAGCGAAGAAACAACUACGUGCUCUGGAAACAAACCUGCGGAAUCAACUCGAGAAAUAUGACACGACGAUUCGCGAGAUGCGCAAAAAGUUGGAGUCGAAGAGAGCUAUUAAAGAAGCUGAUAAGUUAGCUAUAGAGCCAAAAUCACUGGCUGACUUUAAAGUACCUGAAAUACCGCUGAAGAGAAUACAGAACAUCUACAAGAGCAGCGAUUUACUGAGAUCCAGGUCGGAAUCUGAUCUCCUCUUAACAAGAAAUCGACAGAGGGAUUUGUCGAAAUUUGUGACGUCCAUAACAUACGAUGAUAAGCAUGAGAGGGACAGUUCUCAGAAAUCUACGAAAUCCAUGAAUACCAAGAGUGCAAACGUUUUCGAAGGCACUAUGGAUCUCCACGGUAGCGCUCGAACUAUUUUUAGUGAUUAUGCAUCAACAGAAGCACACGAUAAAAUUCGGACAACGGUUUCGUCGAUUUCGAAUGAUGUACAUCGUUCUGGAAAAUAUGUUCUUUCUACGCAAAAACAAGUCGAAAAAUCCAUUGCUGAUGUGAAACAAAGCGUAUCAUGUGACACAGGAGACGCUAAAACGGAUCCCAGUAUGGGACGGUCAGAAUUAGAAAUACAAACGAUGUUGGAGAGUACAAGAUUUGACGAUCACAGUACUAUUAACACCGAAUCGGCUGAAAAUAGAUUUAUCACUAGUGUCGAUCAAUCUCAGUCGAAAACUCUUACAGUAGUAUCCGAGAUUCCGGAAAUACGAAGCGUCGAGUCCUCUAAAUCUAUUUCAAGCAAAUCCGUAUAUUCUACAGAAAAUGUUGCGCGUAUCGCCGAUUCCAGUAUACUCACUUAUUCAAGAAAGUUGGAUUUUCUGCAGUUGAAUAAUAAGAACUUAAGCGAGGACAUAAGUUCCAUCGAAAAAGAUAUUAAGGCACUUUCGGAAAUAAUGUCGCGCCUAAGUAGCGAAUCGAAUGAGAAGUUUAAAACAGAUAACGAUGAAAGAAAUACCUCGCAAGAUAUAUCAGAGAUAAUAUCGAAGUCAGUUUUUAGUGAUCAAAUAAUUGAGAUUGAAAACGGACAUCAAGCGGCUGAGAGAGAAAUCGAUACCGAAGCUCCUUCCAUAUCGGUAAAUAAUAGAAAGUCACCAUCUGCCAGUAAUUUGAGCCAUGAUAAAUACAUGAUAUCGGACAGAAUAAAUAGUGAAAUAUCGGCAAUAAUCGCGGAAGAAGUUCCCACUAUCUCUAAUUCGCUUCAUGAAAUUGAUUACGAAGCCAAAAGCAAAGAGAUUAUGAAUGAAAUAGAGAAAUCUAUAUUGUCGCAACACGUUGGGAUCGCAAGCGGUGACGAUCCAACCUCAGCAUUAGAAAGUGGAAACGAAAAAUUAUUGAACAAUUUGGCCUCUGAGUUUGGAAUAAAAUCAAUUUCUGAAAUUCUUUCCAAAGUGUCAAAAAGCAAAAAAAGUCUUGAUCUCGCGAAAAACACAACGACGCAAAUUAUAGACGACGCAAAGCUUAAUAUAAAUAAGCAACGCAACGUAAGUGAAGCAAUACUUGAGGAGGAUGUUAUAAAAGCUCAAACAGAAGACGCGCAUUCUCUAAAACUUUUUGAACAUUUUGACACUACAUCAGUGCAAUCUCCCAUCAUUGCCGGUCAUCGUUCAAAGGAAACGGUAUCGCAACGCAACUCGCGAAGCGCAUCGAACUUAGUUUCGAGUCAGAACGCACAUUUGCUUUCUGGUAAAGAUGUGAAAUCGUCGAAAAGUAUUUCCGAGAUGCCAGAAGCCGGAAUUGACACCGCCAAUGACGUAGUUUUAUUAAAGAACCUUGAUGAAGAUAUUCAAACAGAGAUGCCCGAUAGUAUCCGACAGGGUUUGAAUUCAACGGCAUCUGCAUCUAAUGCUGCUCAAAAUCGAUCGCGCGCGGUUAGCGCCGAAAAUAUUUUACGCGAUAAGGACGAUUGGACGGCGUCUGAUUCAUUCGAAAUCCCGCAAGAUGAGAUUAGCACUGAAGUGCGCGAAGAACUCGAGAAUUCGAGAUCGGGUUGGGAUGAUACCUCAAAUAAUUUCUCGGAAAAGAAUGCAUCACGUGUCGAUGAUACGACAAAUAAAGAAGCUGAAAACAAUUUAUUAAUAAGUGACGCUGACGUGUCAGCUUUCCUUCCAAAGGGAGAAUCUACCAAUGUUGCGGAUGUACAGGAUAUUACUUUUAACAACACGUUAGCACCAUCUCACGCGGUAAAAAGUAAUGACGAGCUUGAUGAUAUAUUGGAUAUAAUCGCUAGAGAAAACGAUAAAGAGAAAAGCAUUCCUGAAAAGUUCGAUAAUGUAAUUUCCGAUUCGAUGGCUGAAUUGUUAGACAGAGUUAAGGAUAUUGUGGAAAAUGAUAGAGAUGUGGAUAGCCAUUUUAAAGGAUUUUUAUGUGAUACAGAGGAUGAGAAUAUCAGUGUAGAUAAUCGAAUUGAAGCGCUUUCAGAUGCUUCGAUGUUAAAUAACAAAGCGCGAAGUGAAACAAACGUAGAAGAUAUAAACGAAGAUAACGCGGUCUCUGCGAUGAAUAUUUGUAAAGAUGAUAAAGAUGAUAAAGCUAAUAAUCGUGAGGAAAUAAUAAAUAUUUCGUUACAAACGGUUGAGGAGAUUGGGGACAAAUCAGCUGUAAACUUACAUGUGGAAAUUGAUGAGGAGAGUCCACGCGAAUCAGCGUCGGAAGUACAAGAAAUUAUAAUAACAGAAUUGGAUUCGAGUAGUGCCGAGGACAAUGUAUUGUCUGAACUUGAAAUUGAUGCCAAAAUUGAGUUGGCUGAGGACGAGGAACCUGCCACGUGCAAUGUAAACGAGGACAGGAGUGUGGAAAGAAAUGAAGGGGCUAUAAAGAUAAAGGAAUGCCUGGAAUCAAUUCCGGAGCAAGAUAGUUCGGAUGGCGAACAAUUGGAUAACUUGGUGGAAGUUGCGAUGAGUGGAUUGGACACCGUAGAAAAAGCUGUUGCAUCCUCGCGCGAUUCUCCGAAGUCGGAAGUGGAUGAUGCGGUACUUACGACGCGGACUAAACAAUCUAAAGAAGAGACAACGGUUGACACGGCCGAAAAUAGUAACAAAGUCGCGAUAUCAGAAGCAUCAGUAAAUAUCAAUAAAACAUUCGAUAUACUGAAGGAUCCGGAAUACGAAGACAUCUCCGAGGAGAGCCUUGAGGUGUCCGAAAUUUUAGACAGAGAUGACAUUCCAAAGACGGGCGUCGCGAGAAAGUCCUCCGCCGACUUGCCGGAGAGGUAUCAAAUCACUCAGAAAUCGGAAGACAUACUGAGAAUACUGGAUGAGAUCUCGCAGAAAUCAUCGUUCGAUUCUGCAAGCAAUUCGCAAGACAACGAGAGGAGUGCUCGGAGUGCGUCGAGUGCAACGGAAGAGAUUAGCAAGGUUUCCGCGACGAACGAUUCACCCUGCGAGAAUAGAAAAACGACGAAUAAGGUGGACGAAGAGUCUUACGAGAUGAACGAAACGACGAAGGGUCGAUUCUUGGAAGGAGCAAAAUUGCAAUCGAUAGGAACUAGCGAUGUGGACGAUUUGUCUAAAAAGGGGAAAGUUGUUCCUUUGAAUUUGGACGAAGAUGACAAGUCCUCUCGGAUAAUAGAAGAGCUGCGCGAGAGAGUCUCACAGCUGCAGGAACAGAAUGGCUCAUCCGAAUCCAGCGAAGCCGGUGAUACUCCGAGAGGUGUAUCCGAGAUCGAGAUGGACUCACCGAGAGAUUUUAAUGAUUCGAGGCUAGAUAUCGAUAUCUUGGACGAUGAUCUGCUGAGCGGCACUAAAGCGACGAACCAGAGCAUCGAUAUGGAAACCAAUUUUCAUUCCCCAUCCAUCGUCACCACGUCCGAGAAGGACAUCGAGACUAUGAUUCAUGAAUUAAAAGCUUCAUUGGGACAGCCUGGCCAGGAGCUUGCCGAAUUGGAAGCCAAGCUACUUCGGCUCGAACAGUUGCAGAUCGAAUUGGAGAUUAAAAAAUUGGAAGCGGAGGAAGUGUCAUACUACGUUCGAGAAAUACCAAACAAACCACCGCCUCCUUACACUCCACCUGGAGAUGGCCGGUUAUCGGUUUCGCUCGGUUCGCCUCCGUUGGUCACUGCUGUAAUUCCGUCGAACGUUGAAGAAUUAACGGCAUUCACCGAGAAAGCCACAGCCUUAAUAUACAACGCCAAACUGGCCGGCGAGGAUAUCGCGAAUUUAGAGGCGCCUCCUGAAAUUUAUGAGUUAACCAAAGACAAGGGUGAGAAAAGAGAUAGACGGAUCUACAACACCUUUCUCUUUGAUCUCUGUAAGGAGACUAUCGUGGAGGUCUAUCGAGCGGAAUACGAGAAGCCUGGUCCAAGUUGGACAAAGCCGAACGUGAAAACCAAGCCUACAAUGAAGAUUCCGAAGAACGUGGAGGAGCUUAUCGAAUAUGUUAAUAAGGAGGUCGCCACGCUGUUCGGUUUUAAGACGAAAUUGCAGCGGGAAAACAUGGUAAUGCGUUGGAGCAGGAAGCGCAGAGACAGGGUCGACGAGCUGCUGGCGAGAGAGGCUCAGGCUGAAGAGGAUGAAUGGACUAAGUUUCAUCAUGACGAGCUGGCAGUGAAGAAUGGACUUACAGUAGCUAUACUGGAUACCCUUGUGAUGGAAACUGCGAACGUGAUGAAAAUAGCAUAUGGUAAGAAGAGGAGAAUAAUGGUGUAGCGAUUAUUAAUCUUUGCAACUGAAUAGAGACGUUUAUCUCACAAUUCGUUGUUAAUCAAGAACAAAAGUGAAAAAUAUCUUCUCAGUCAAUGUUUUCCUCAAAACUGCGUUUCGGAUACCAUGUUACUAUUAUUCACACUUUUGUCCAUUAGUACCUUAAGUGUAACAUAUAGGCUGGUUCCUAUUUAUUUGUUAACUAUGCAAUUUGUUGCUCUUUCUUUUUACAUUAAUUGAGCUGAUGCGUGUAAAUGUUCAAAUAUAAGUAGACAAACUGCAGUGAAGUGAAAUAUAUGAAUGUCAAAGAAAGAAAGAGAGAAAGAGAGAGAGAGAGAGAGAGAGAGAAAUGUAAUAUAAUAAUUACAAUAAUACUAGCCAUUCACAAUUUGAUAAUCAAAUGCCCUAGGUCAGUUUUAAAAUUUAUUUCUUGUUAUAAUGACGAGUUUAACAAGUUUCUAGCAUUUAAAACAAUGAUUAUGCAUAUGUACGAACUAUCAUAGAACGAGUAACGUAAGACUUGCGGUACUAUGUGCUUCUACCGAAAACGAUGACAAAUAUUAAUCAUCGAAAUAGUACGAAGCGUUUUGUUCAAUUUAACUAAGUACAGAAUUAUUAGAUUAAUAGCAGAAAUAUGAUCUCUUGUUAUGCAAGUUUUAUAUUGUGCUUUUUCUAGUACGUUAUUAAAAUAUUUAUGCUGUAGUUUAUCUAAAUUGUACAAUAUACUAUCUUAAUAAUCACACGCACGCUCUGCUGUGUUGCAUUGUAAUUGAACAAAACGUUUCCCGUUUGCCGUAUGUGGCGUAUGUAAAUUAUUACUUUAGCGAAACAGUAGAAUAUAAGUAGUAAGUUUCAAUAAGUCAUGUUAGACAGCAGUCACAUGCUCAAUUACUUUUAAUAAAAUUAACAAAAUUCCAACGGAAAGACUGACAUUUCGGGGCCAUUUUGAUCGAAAUUAUAAACCGUUGAAUGAAGUACAUAAAUGGAGAUUGUAGUAAACGUCGGCUAUACAGGGUGAGGCAUAUAAAUUUUAAUUUGGAAAUUAUCUUUUCUUCCUUGUAAAUCUUGUUCAGCUCCAAAUAUCUUAAAUCAUGUACUUCUUAUGUACUUCUCCUGCAUACUGGUUUUCAAGUGUCGUGAAAGAUUAGUUUUAUUUUUUAAAUAAAACCAUCCGCGUAUACACAGGCCCUGUAAUCAUACAAAAUACAGUCAAGAUUGAAUCCUAUAUACAGUCAUUAUAUUUACUCUUAUUAUCGACGAAACUACCUGUAAUUUAUUGAUGGACUGAUAAUCAAUACGCGUUUUUUAUUUCAGUCGCGUCGCUUUCGAUUGUCGCGAUUCUAUUUCACUCAUGUAAUUUUACGUUCGUGGUUGUGAUGUAAAUAUUAAGACUCACAGGAGUGCGACGGUGGCACUUUAAAACGCUAUGACAUGCGAACGUAACUGUCGUGAAUGUAAUUUUUCUCGAUAUUUUACCAGCGUUGAAUGUGCUCCGUCUUCCUGUACGCUGUAGAAAUGUAAAUGCUGCAGCGCUCAAAUGCGACGUCCAGCGUUGUUUCUUUAUACGCGGGUAACAUUGCUUUUUGUAAUUUUAAUUAUAACACAACUUUUAUUAAAACUCCCACUGUGCAGGCCGCCCUGAUGAGCCUUUCCCCAUUUGCAGGGUACCUAAUCUUGUAGAGUUCACAAUUCUCUUUACAUUAGCAAUUCUCGGCGUCUGUAGUUGUUACAGAGAUUGUUUAUGUAUGUAGUGUUGAGUAUGUACUUAACUAAGGUAUAUUUUAUAAUAAACUUUUUCUGAAAAGA